GAAUUUUGCUGGUACUUGUCAAUGUAAUAGUUAUUGUUUGAUUUGCAAUCUGCCCUUGACCCAUACAAAAUGAUUAGCUGAAGGAUUUCAGAAAAUGAACAGCAAUCUACAAGGGGUGAAACAAAAAUCCUUAUCCCAGAGGUACUUCUGUGAAAAGAAGAAGGCCAAAGAAAGAGAGAAAUGGAACAACAAAGUGGAAUUCAUCCUGUCAGUUGUUGGAGGAAUAAUUGGAUUGGGCAAUGUUUGGAGGUUCCCUUAUCUCUGUUACAAGAAUGGAGGAGGUGCUUUCCUCAUUCCAUAUUUUUUAUUCCUCUUUACCUGUGGAAUUCCAGUGUUUUUCCUUGAAGUUGUACUUGGACAGUAUACAAGUCAAGGUGGAAUAACAGCUUGGAGAAAGAUCUGCCCUCUCUUUGAGGGUAUAGGUUAUGGGACAAUACUCAUUGAUUUAUAUCUGGUUACUUACUACAUCAUUAUUCUGACCUGGUCUACCUUCUACUUGUUCAAUUCAUUCUUUGCUGAGCUGCCGUGGACCCGCUGUGGACAACAGUGGAACACAGAUAACUGUGUGGAAUUUGCUAAGAAUUCCUCUGCUGGCAAUUGGACAAAAGGAGAAAAUGCCACCAUGCCUGUUAUUGAGUUCUGGGAGAAACGUGUACUGAGGUUGUCAGCUGGAAUUGACCAUGUAGGCACUAUCCAUUGGCAGUUAGCACUUUGCCUUCUUUUGAUCUGGAUUAUUUGCUUCUUCUGUAUCUGGAAGGGAGUUAAAUCAACUGGCAAGGUUGUAUACUUUACUGCUACCUUUCCCUAUGUGAUGCUUUCCAUUCUUCUAAUCAGAGGAUUAACAUUGCCAGGUGCUGCUGAUGGAGUUAAGUUCUAUUUGUCCCCUGAUAUUUCCAGGCUAGCUGACCCUCAGGUAUGGAUGGAUGCUGGCACCCAGAUCUUGUUUAGCUUUGCUGUCUGUUUGGGUUCCCUCAUUGCCUUGGGAAGCUACAAUGACUUCAAUAAUAACUGUUAUAGAGAUUGUUUGUUCAUGUGCGCCUUGAAUAGUGGAACCAGCUUCAUAUCUGGAUUUGCCAUCUUUUCUGUCCUGGGAUUUAUGGCACUUGAGGAAGGAGUGCCCAUUUCUGAUGUGGCUACGUCUGGUCCUGGUCUAGCUUUCAUUGUCUAUCCAAAGGCAAUUACAUUGAUACCUUUCCCUCAGCUCUGGGCCUGUUUGUUCUUUAUCAUGAUUAUUCUCCUGGGUCUCGACAGUCAGUUUGUAGGUAUAGAAGCUCUGGCAACAGCCAUAACAGAUAUGUUUCCUGUGAUUUCCCAAAGAAAAUUUUCCAGGAUGAUAAUUAUCAUUGGCAUCUCCACCUUUUCGUUUUCGAUUGGGCUAUUAAUGCUGACAGAGGGUGGAGUAUACAUUUUUCAACUUUUUGAUACCUACGCAGUUAGUGGGACAUCUGUUCUGCUCCUGGCAUUGUUUGAAACAACUUGCGUCAGUUGGGUAUAUGGUGUCAAUCGUAUCUACGACAACAUUGAGGCAAUGAUAGGAUAUAAGCCCUGGUCAUACAUGAAGUGGUGUUGGUUCAUCUUUACUCCUAGCUUCUGCCUUGUAAGCUUCUCAUUUCUUCCAAUUUUAUCCCAAAUAGUUAUCAAAAUAAAAGCAUUUCAGGGUACUUGCAUUUUCUCUCUGAUUAAAUACAGCCCCCUCAAAUACAACAAGACUUAUGUAUAUCCAGUAUGGGGCUAUGCCUUGGGAUGGCUGCUUGCAUUCUCCUCUGUGCUGUGUGUCCCCCUUUGUAUACUUUAUAAGAUCUGCACGACUAAAGGCACUCUGAAAGAGCGCAUUCUUCACCACAUUCAUCCGGCUGAUGACUCAUUGCAGUCCAAGAAAUCGAGGAAAGAUCCACUGCUGUGUGGCAAUCUGAAUUCUGAUCUCAAACUAUCUUCACUCAACACUCAGGAUGGCCUGCUGGAGAAUGUGGCUGUUUGAUGCUGCAGAAAGAGAUGCAGCCACUUUUCAGAGCAAUUCCAGGCUGAAGCAAUGUCAAUAAUUUGAUUCACCUCCUUCAGAGACCCGAUUUCAGUCCUGGCCAGGCAUCAACCUGUCCGUCAUGUGUGUUGUACAAAGAAAUUCACCAAAUAUUCUACACUGGUUUUCCCUGAAUCAAAACAAGUAGAUGUCAGUAGUGCAUUGCAAUCAAUUUAUCCAAUAAACCCACAAAAUUCAUUCUGUGAAAUAUAUAUAUUUCUCUGGUGCGUUGUUGGAAUUAAUUGUACAGAAUGUCAGUUUUGUAGUGAGAAAUCUCAGUCAGCAGAAUUUCAUGUCCUUAGGAAAAUUGCUAAAGCCAGAGGAUUUUCUAAGGCAAUAUUUAAUAAUGUCUUAAUGAAAGUAUAAUCAUCAUAAAAAUCAUCUUGUUCAACGUACAGAAAAAUGUUUGGCGUCAUUCAUGGAAUAAGUUUUGCCCUAGAUUGAGGAGACACGUUCAUUGAUGAGUCUGCUCUGGGAAAAUGAUUGAAUA